AAUACAAAGCAAAAACUACAAUGCUAGAGAAAGAAAAAAAGAUUAAAAACGCAGCAUAUCAUGUCUCUCACUUUUUUUUUUCCCAUCUCUGUUACCAAAACCUCCUUUAACCUAACCCUAGAUUUUAACCAAAAAAAGCAAUUCGCACAAUCUCACCCAUACCAAAUUCUAACCCUACCCUAGAUCUUCAUUUUUUUUUUUUUGGGGUUAAUAUUUUCGUUCGUUCGUUCUUCUUCUAGUUUCCGUGCAAUUCAUCUUUGUUCUGCUCUGUCAAUUUCGAUUAGUAUUAUCCUCUGUCGGUGCGGUUGAAUCAUCUUUCGCAAUUUUUGUUUUUUUUUUUUUUUUUUUGAAAAAUUAGAAAAAUUAAGGCUCUGAAAUUGUAGCUAGGGUUUCGAACAAUUUCGGUUUUUGUGUGGAAAUGGAGCAUCGCGUUGGAAAUAGGUUUCGGCUUGGCCGAAAGAUCGGUAGCGGUUCGUUCGGAGAGAUCUAUCUCGGUACUAAUAUUCAGACUAACGAAGACGUUGCAAUUAAGCUUGAAAAUGUCAAGACGAAGCAUCCUCAGUUGCUAUAUGAAUCCAAGUUGUACAGAAUCUUGCAGGGAGGAACUGGAAUUCCAAACGUGAGAUGGUUUGGAGUGGAGGGAGACUAUAAUGUGUUGGUGAUGGAUUUGCUUGGACCUAGUCUUGAAGACCUUUUUAACUUCUGCAGUAGAAAGCUUUCUUUGAAGACAGUUCUUAUGCUUGCAGAUCAAAUGAUUAAUCGUGUCGAAUUUGUUCAUUCUAAAUCAUUUCUUCAUCGAGAUAUUAAGCCAGACAAUUUUCUUAUGGGCUUGGGAAGGCGUGCAAAUCAGGUCUACGUUAUUGACUUUGGUCUGGCUAAGAAAUACAGAGAUAGUACAACCCAUCAGCAUAUUCCUUACAGAGAAAACAAGAAUUUGACUGGCACUGCAAGAUAUGCGAGCAUGAACACUCAUCUUGGUAUAGAGCAAAGCCGGAGGGAUGAUUUAGAGUCUCUUGGAUAUGUCCUUAUGUACUUUCUCAGAGGAAGUCUUCCUUGGCAGGGACUGAAAGCAGGAACUAAGAAACAAAAGUAUGACAAAAUCAGUGAAAAGAAAGUUUCUACUUCAAUUGAGGCCUUGUGUCGAGCUUAUCCAACAGAAUUUGCAUCAUACUUCCACUACUGUCGUUCACUACGAUUUGAUGAUAAGCCUGAUUAUGCUUAUCUGAAAAGAAUAUUUCGUGACCUUUUUAUUCGUGAAGGCUUCCAGUUUGAUUAUGUAUUUGACUGGACCAUUUUGAAGUAUCAACAAUCACAGCUGGCAACUCCUCCGGCUCGUCCUCUUGGUCCUGGUGUUGGAACUAGUUCUGGAAUGCCCCCUGCUAUUGCCAAUGCUGAUAGACAGACAGGUGGGGAAGAAGGGCGACCAGCUGGUUUGACUUCAAUGGAUUCUUCACGGCGGAGAAUAGUAGGACCAACUUUAAAUUCUGGAAACUAUUCAAGGCAGAGAAGUCCAGUUGUUAAUGAUUCUACAAUUUCUAAUGAUACUGCGUUCAUAAGCAACAAUAUUUUGGGCCGGCCAAGUGGAUCAUCAAGGCGUGCUGCUGUUUCUAGCAGCCGUGAUGCAUUCGUUGAGAGUGAGUCAGAUCCCCAUCACUCGCGUACUACUGAGGCAAGCCCUGGAGCAGCACGCAGAAUUUCAAGUGGCCAAAGAAGUUCACCAGUUGGAUCUUCAGACCCAAGGCGUGCAUCAUCUGGGAGAAAUACCACUCACACAAGAAACUAUGAAAAUGCCCUCAAGGGCAUUGAGACCCUGCAGUUGGACAAAUGAAGAGAGGCUUCAGUAUUAAAUGCUCACCUCAGUGCGUUCUUGUAUAAGCUUAAAUUGACUGGUGUGCUAUUACGGUUGCAGUAGAAUAGGUUUGCUUGCAGUCGAGUUGUGAAGGAAGUUGGAUUUUAGAUGUCGGGUUGAGACCCAGAGAAUCUUGGGUUUGGAUUUGCACACUUGUAGCUUAAACCGGACAUGUAGAAUCAAAUGUGAAAGCUGUGGUUCAUCUGAACUUAUCCCAGGCUCGGCUGUCUAUAAAGCUCAGGUUAUAUUCGCACGGCUUCUCUGUUUUGGCUACAACGUUUCAACUUUUUUAUCCCUGAUAACUGUGGUCACUUUGUUGAUUUUAUGAUCUUACGUUACAAUGUUAUUGAGACUUAUGGGGCCAAAAGCUUGGCACUGUAAAUUGGCGAAUGUGUUCAUAUUCC